UUAAAAUCAUGUCUUCUGUUACUCUUAAAGCUGCUUGCUACGGCAAGGAUAAAGUUCGCGUCCUCAAAGUUUAUCGCGAAGGAGCAAUACAAACUGCUGUGGAGUUGACCUGUCGUUUGACUCUCGAGGGAGAUAUCGAAACUUCCUUUACCAAAGGUGACAACUCAGUCGUCGUCACAACUGAUACCUGCAAAAACACCAUUUACAUUAUGGCCAAACGCAGUGCCAAUGUUGAUAAUAUCGAGGUGUUUGCUCAAGAAAUUACUGAGCAUGUACUUCGUCAAUAUAAGCAUAUCCAUGUUGCCCAUGUUGAUAUCAUCAAGCACAAAUGGUCUCGCAUGACCAUCGACGGUGAAGAGCACCCACAUUCUUUUGUCCGUGACGGCGAAGAAGUCCAAACUACCAAAGUCUCUCACUAUCGCCAAGGCGACAAGAUCGAAAUUGUUUCUGGCUUGAAGGGCCUUUUGGUUCUCAAGACAACCGGUUCCGCCUUCCACGGAUUUUACAAGGAUGAAUUCACCACCUUGCCUGAAGUCUGGGAUCGUAUCUUUUCUACUGCUGUUGACUGCACCUGGACCUUUGAAAAUGCCCCAGCUACUGCUCUGCGACAAAUCGACUUUGCUGCUAUUCAUCAAAACGUCAAGAAGGUGACCCAGGAAACCUUUGCCAACGACGAUUCUGCUUCUGUACAAGCUACCAUGUACAAGAUGCAGAAAUCAAUUCUCGAACAGCAUGAUGCUAUUGCCGAAGUCUCCUAUGUUCUUCCUAACAAGCACUACUUUGGUGUCGAUAUGUCCAAGUUCAACAUUGAUAACACCGACGCAAACCUUGAUGUUUAUCAGCCCGUUUCCGAUCCAUCCGGUUUGAUUACCGCCACUGUUGCUCGCAAGUCGCGUUCAAGACUCUGAACUGGCUGUGUCCUCUGAUAACCAGUUCUGUAAAUUGUUUCUAAACCUCAACAUUCUGCUUGAAAAAGGUUGAUCCUUUUCCAACAACCCCUCUAUAUACCUUUUGUUCUACAUUGUAAAAUAAUUAUAACCAUACAGUCGCAUUGUGCUUCUACUUAAAUCCUGGAAAAUUGUAAAAUAAAAACGAUUCCUCACUAUCAAAAA